UUAAUUAUUUAUAUUUGGGGGAUGGUUUUUUUGAGAAAAUAUUUGGGGGAUAGUUUCUGCGAUUUUCUCGGCAGCUUAUUUAAAGACAUUCAUAGUUCGUCUCUUUGGCAAAUAUUUUCUUUGUCUUUCCCAUAUAUUUUCUGUGUCCCUUAUUUGAUUGCCGAGAAACCGCGAGAAAUAAAGGAUUCAAGAAGGAUCUCUCUGAGAACCGUUAAUUUUUCUUACAUCGUUGCUUUCAGUUUCGAAGCUGUAUCUGCAUUUUCCUGCACAAUUUGCUAAGCUCAAAGGGUCCUUGAGGACGAGGAUUCUUGACUGAAUUAAAGAAUUGUGUAGAAAGAAAAGAAAGAGACUGAAAAUCUCAACUUUAGUUUUGUUAACAACUGGUCUUGUUAUGGACGUAAACUCUGGUCACUCGUCUCCUGUAAUGACUGAUUCUCCACAGAUAAGCAAUUCGAGAUUAACGGUUCGUCAGAAUAGACUACCUCCUUACUCAUCAUCAACAGCAGCCUCACAGAACAACAAUCUCUUGCUAACCGUUCCCAGAAAGAAAACUGGGAUUAUUGAUGAUGUUAAGGCUAAUGCUUGGCUUGAUGCAAUGAUAGCAUCUUCUCCAACCCCAGCAAUAGUUAACAAAGACAACAUAAGCAGUGAUGCAACUACGGAUAUGACUUAUCACGAAUGGACGUUAAAGUAUCCAUCAGCUCUUAACACUUUUGAGAAAAUCAUGAGUGUUGCAAAAGGCAAAAGAAUAGCUUUGUUUCUUGAUUAUGACGGGACGCUUUCUCCUAUAGUUGAGGAACCUGAUGCCGCCUACAUGUCAAGUGAUAUGCGUACUGCAGUGCAAAACGUUGCCAAGUACUUCCCAACCGCGAUCAUUAGUGGAAGAAGCCGUGCUAAGGUGUAUGAGUUUGUUGGACUGAGUGAACUUUAUUACGCCGGAAGCCAUGGAAUGGACAUCAUGAGUCCUGCAGGAGAGUCUUUAAACCACAAACAUCUCAGCCGUACUGUAUCAAUGAACGAACAGGUUUUCAUUUUCUUGCCUUUUUGUUUUCUGCAAUAUACAAUCAGAUUCUUGAUAUGUGACUUUGGAAAAUUCCAGGGGAAAGAUGUUAAUUUAUUCCAGACUGCUAGCGAGUUUCUACCAAUGAUCGAUAAGGUGCUUUGUUCGCUUGUGGAGAGUACAAAGGAUAUCAAAGGAGUCAAAGUAGAAGACAACAGGUUCUGCAUCUCUGUGCAUUACCGCAAUGUAGAAGAAAAGAACUGGACACUGGUUGCACAAUGCGUUGAUGAUAUCAUCAGAACAUACCCAAAGCUAAGGCUAACACAUGGUCGGAAGGUUUUAGAGAUCCGUCCGGUUAUUGACUGGGACAAAGGGAAAGCUGUGACAUUUCUACUUGAAUCUCUCGGCCUAAACAACUGUGACGAUGUUCUUCCUAUCUAUGUCGGGGAUGAUCGAACAGAUGAAGAUGCAUUUAAGGUCUUACGAGAUGGACCAAACCACGGUUAUGGUGUAUUAGUCUCUGCUGUGCCUAAAGUCAGCAAUGCCUUUUACUCACUUCGUGAUCCAUCUGAGGUGAUGGAGUUUAUGAAAGCAUUAGUGACAUGGAAGCGAUCAUUGGACUAGUAAAAGAAAAUGACUGACGUUAAUAUAUAUUUUAUAUAUGUGGCAGUUAGAAGAUUAUUGUUAUACAGAGACAAUGGAGAAAGAGAUGAUGCAAAAUUAAAGCAUUUAGUUUUGUUUCUUUGGUUUUUGUUUUUUUUUGUUUUUUUGUU